AUGGGGUUCCUGGGGGUCUACUCGGCUGUGUAUGAUUACCAGCCUCAGGGAGAGGGUGAACUGGAAAUCCGAGAGGGCGAUCUGUUAUUUAUCCUGGAGAAGAGCUCAGAGGAUGAUUGGUGGAAGGCCAAGAAGAAAGCCGAAAGGGACGACGAGGACGAGCCUGAAGGUCUAGUCCCGAACAACUACGUUGAAGAGGCGCAACCUGCACAUCAUGCGAAGGCCCUGUUCGAUUACACACGGCAGACAGACGAGGAGGUUUCAUUCUCAGAAGAUGCAGAUAUCCUGGUGUAUGAUACGUCGGAUCCAGAUUGGACUUUGGUCGGGGUCAACUCGGACUUUGGAUUUGCGCCAUCCAACUACAUUGAGAUCAUCGACGAUGUGACUGCUGCCACCUCAGCCGCCUCAGCCCCGGCUGGAGCCGCCCCUCUGCCAAACCCUGCCGCUGCCGCCAUCGCCAAUAUCAUCCACCAGCAGCAUGCGUCCGCGAACGCAUAUGCGGAGCCCACACGAGAAGAACCACCUGCCCCUCAGCUCCCAAUUCGACCCUCACAUGAAGAUGAAAAUGACCGUGAUGAAGAAUCCCCGGCGCCUGCUUUGCCACGUCGACCUCCAUCCGAACAGGCCACCCCACCAAUGCCUUCAUACUCUCCCGAUCCAUCCUCACCGCCGCCACGUCCGCAGCAGCCGGCGCCGGCAAUGAAACGUGAUAUAACUCAUGUUAAAGAAUCCCCUCCUUACAACAGGGCGGGCGAGCUGACGCCACGAUCGCCUUCCGGCUACCAUAUCUAUAACAUAAAUGAAAUGGUCGAGGUGAUGGGCAAACGGAAAAAGAAGCCUACAACAUUAGGAAUCAAUCUGGUGACCGGAAUUAUUUUCAUCUCCCCCGAAGGCGACGAUCACCAGCAAGAGUGGACCGCAGAGAAACUUACUCACUAUUCGAUUGAACAUAAACAUGUCUUUGUCGACCUUGUCCGGCCAAGCAGGAGUAUUGAUUUCCACGCUGGAGCGAAGGACACUGCUCAAGAGAUCGUGGCUGCUCUUGGAGAGAUUGCUGGGGCUUAUCGUGCAGAGGGGCUUCGGGAGGUUCUUGCCGCUGGCGAAGGUGGCGGUGCUCAGAAGAAGGGUCAAAUCUUGUAUGACUUCAUGGCGCAAGGGGAUGAUGAAGUCACCGUGGCUGUGGGUGACGAGGUUGCCAUCAUCGAUGACACCAAGUCCGAAGAAUGGUGGAUGGUACGUCGGCUAAAGAACGGCAGAGAGGGAGUAGUCCCCAGCAGCUACGUCGAAAUAAUCGGCUUCAUGGCCCCCAGCGAACCGAGUAUGGAAUCAACUCGAUCCACAGUCGAACGAAACCGCGCAGAUGAGGCUCGGCUUGCGAAAGCAGCGAUUGGAAAGCCAAGAACGGAUUCAAUUGAUUCCAACGAGCGUCAUAAGCGUGAUAGCAAACGCGAUAGCAAGUCCAAGUCCAAGCCUGAUCCUAGCAAGGUGCGAAAGUGGACAGACCGGAGCAAGGCCUUCACAGUGGAAGCACAAUUUAUUGGACUUUUGGAUGGGAAAAUCCAGCUCCACAAGGUCAACGGAAUCAAGAUUGCAGUCCCAGUUGCGAAGAUGUCUGUUGAAGAUUUGGAGUACGUGGAGAGAACUGCCGGUGUCUCUCUGGAUGAAGACAAGCCUCUCUCGAGUAUUCGGGCUCGUUCUACUUCUGAUGCAAAAGGGUCUGGAUCUGCUGGUGCUACUGUAAAACGUCCCGAGUAUGACUGGUUUGAUUUCUUCUUGAAGGCAGGUGUUGGGCCGCACCAAUGUGAGCGGUAUGCGCAGAACUUCCUCAAGGAUUCAAUGGAUGAGUCUAUUUUGCCCGAUAUUACUCCCGAAACCCUCCGAUCUCUGGGUUUGAAGGAGGGCGACAUUCUGCGCGUCAUGAAAUAUCUCGAUUCCACUCUCGGCCGCACUGGAUCCAAGUCCAAGCUGCGCAAUGUGAGCUUUGGCGGAGAGGAAGUCAUUGGCAAUGGUGAAGAGGGUGGGCUCUUUGCUGGCCCUGGUGGUAUGCUGCGGAACAACACUCGCAAGGGAAGGCCUGCCCCCUCCGUACAAGCCGGGGAUGUGGUUGACCCCAAGGCGUUUCAACAAGCCGAUGAGUCAGUCGCAGUCAAGGAUAAGGAACGAUCUUCGACCCCUCCAGCUCCUGCUGCGGAGCCUGAAAAGCCCGUUUCCCGCGGAUUUGAUGAUGAUGCAUGGGAGGUUAAGCAGCCAAAGCAGCCUGCUUCGGCUUCGCCGCCUCCUGCUGCUACCGCAUCAGCACCAGCAGCUCAAGCUCCAAUUCCAAAGCAGGUCACUGGCGCGAUGGCAGACUUGACACUUCUUCAAGCUCCUCUGCAGCCCACACCUGCGCAGCCCACUCCUUCACAGCCAGUUCUGGCGCCACCUGCUCUUGAACCCCAGCAAACUGCCGUGCAAACUCCACCAAUUCAGCAACCCCAGCAAACUGGUGCUACCCCCAGCUUGUUUGCGCAGGUGGCACAGAUUGGGCAGCAUCAGGCUAGACAGCGCCCUCAGCCUCCACAAACCAUGAAUCAAAAUUCCCUUCUCCCGCCUCCUCCCCAGCGUCCGCUUUCUGCACCGCAGAACUUUUCGCAGCAACAAAGCUCCUUUGGACCGCCCCCAUUGCAGCCUCAGCUCACAGGAGUCCCGCAGCCUGGCCCUGCGCCCCCAGGUCAUAGCCUGACCGAGCCGAACCAGCAACGUUUCCAGCCGCAGGCCACUGGCUUUAUGGGACAAAACCAGUUCCAGAAUGGAGUGAUGCCCCAGCCAACUGGUUUUACGCCGCAAUCACAGUUUGGCAUUCAGCAGCAGCAGCAGCAGCAGCAGCCGUUUAUCAAUGGUCCUUCCGGGUUCCAGGGCAUGGCUCCACAGCCGACUGGAUUUGGAUAUGUCCAGCCGCAGCAGCCCAUGCAAACCGGUAUCAAUUCUGUCCUACCCCCUGCCUUGCAGCCCCAGCCGACUGGCGCCAAUGGCUUCGGAAAUACAUACACCGCCACGAACCCACCCCCAGUACCUCCAAUUCCCCAGCAGCCUACAGCCACUCCACUCUCACCCCAGAAGACCGGACCGGCUCCAGCUAUCAGGUUUGGCGUCAAGCCAGAAGCUCCCAAGAAGCUGGCCCCGCAGCCCACGGGUCUCAGGGCGAACCUCUCACAAGCUACACCCACCAACCCCUUCGGCUUCUAA